CGACAUCGGGCGGCGGCGGCGACGGCUAGAAACGGGGAGGGUUUCCGGGGCUGCCGGCCUGACCGCCGAGAGCUGUCAUGGCGGCCUCUCUGUGGGGCUUCCUUUCCGUCCUGCUGCUGCUGCUGCUAUCAGGGGAUGCCCAGAGCUCGGAGGUGUCUGGGGCUACUGGCGAGGGGUCAGGAGGGAGUGGGGUCGGCAUAGGAGAUCGCUUCAAGAUUGAGGGGCGUGCGGUUGUUCCUGGGGUGAAGCCCCAGGACUGGAUCUCGGCCGCCCGAGUGCUGGUAGACGGAGAAGAGCACGUCGGCUUCCUUAAGACAGAUGGGAGUUUUGUGGUUCAUGAUAUACCUUCUGGAUCUUAUGUAGUGGAAGUUAUAUCUCCCGCUUACAGGUUUGAUCCUGUCCGAGUGGAUAUCACUUCGAAGGGAAAAAUGAGAGCAAGAUACGUGAAUUACAUCAAAACAUCAGAAGUGGUCAGACUGCCCUAUCCUCUCCAAAUGAAAUCUUCAGGCCCACCUUCUUACUUUAUUAAAAGGGAAUCAUGGGGCUGGACAGACUUUCUGAUGAACCCAAUGGUUAUGAUGAUGGUUCUUCCGUUAUUGAUAUUUGUGCUUCUGCCCAAGGUGGUCAACACAAGUGAUCCUGACAUGAGACGGGAGAUGGAGCAGUCAAUGAAUAUGCUGAAUUCCAACCAUGAAUUGCCUGAUGUUUCUGAGUUCAUGACAAGACUCUUCUCUUCAAAAUCAUCUGGCAAAUCUAGCAGUGGCAGCAGUAAAACAGGCAAAAGUGGGGCUGGCAAAAGGAGGUAGUCAGGCAGGCCAGGGAUGGCAUUUGCACAAACACGGCAACACUGGGUGACAUCCAAGUCUUGAGGGAAAACCAUGUGAAGCAACUACUGUAAACUUGAGUCAUCCAUAAAGUUGAUCUCUUAUAACUGUUGUGUGUGGUAACUCUUCAGCACAUGUUUUGUACUUGGUACACAAGAACACUCAGCUUUUGUCCUUUGUCUGUAUGAGGUCGAUAUUGAUGUCACUGAAUUAAUUACAGUGUCCUAUAGAAAAUGACAUUAAUAAAUUAUAUGAAGUACUAUACAUUAUGUAUAUUAAAAUAAGUCUUAAUCCAGAGAUAAAAUUAUUUUGUCAUUUUUUUUCCACUUAAUGUUUUUUAUUCCUGACAGUUUUCUUCUUUCAUUAUCUGAGGCUUGAACAUGACCCCCUUUCUGUUUAAAAAGAAGUGUGAUAUUUUUAGAGCAGCAUGCACCGUGGUUUUUUGUGUAAUCAGAUGUUUCAAAAUUCUCGGUCCUGCCCUGCCAUUUUAUAUUCCCUGAUAUUUGAAGUAGAAACACAUGUUCCUGAUGUAGUUUAAAUUUUUAUUUUUACAGUUGGUUUCAGAGUAUGGAUAUAUGAAUUAGAAUACAUGUUACCGAUUUUUAAAUUGCGGUUUCCAUCUGUGGUUUCAUUUUAAAUUAUUGUAUAUCAGCUAUGUGCUGUGAUUCAGGGCAAGAUACAGAGAUGGAUAAUAUCCAGUGCCUGUCCUCAGUCGGCUUUAUUGUGUAGGGGGGAAGCACAGAUUAUAACAGGGAGUGAAUGGCCAGGGAAAGAAGUGCAGCAGUAGGAGAGCCUUGUAGCCUGAGGGUGGAAAAUCAACCUUCGCGUUCUGUGUUGUGAUGUUGGUAGUACAGCAGAGGUAGCUUGAAAAUCUCUUCAUCUCUCCCAACGUUGAUCCUCAAAGUUGUUGAAUAUAAAUUACUACUUUCCAUUCAGGAAGAUCUCAAAAACCUUUUAUGUCAGUAAGUUACAAAAGUUCACACCUUUUCUUUUGGUUGUUUUGAUUAAAUAACUCUGAGGCUACAGUAUUGCUUCUAGCACGAGGCUCCUUAUCCUCUCCUAUGUUGAGCUUCCCUGUUGCAUUCUUAGAGUUAUUAAAUCAGCAAAAAACAGCAACAGAAGGAUUGGUUCCAAACUGUUGUUUUCCCUUUUGUAAUAGGUGCCAUUGUUCGUUUUGAAAUGAGGUAUGUGAGUUUUCUUUUAAAGAGAUAAGUUCCAAUGCAGGACACUUUUUAAACUGUAUCUCUGUAUAACAUGCACUAAAGUUACCACACUGGUUAAGGUAUGAAUGAUUAAGGUGGAUAAACUAGUUAAUGGUAGAACUAGGUCUUUUAAAAUAGUCAUUUAUUGAAAAUAACUAAAAUAUUAGAACACUAGUUGAAUGAAAGUUGCAAUUCAAAGGAGCCGGAAUAUAGUAAGAGUUGUAUGACCAGAAAUCAUAUCCAAAAAUUUUUAAAUUUGGAUUGUCAAUAUUUGCACAUGGAAUGCCUAAUAAGCUAGAAAUUAGAAAGCACUUCCAAGGUAAUUACCAUUUCGUUUGCUAAUUAAGAAACUAUGUGUGGUUAUUUUACAUAGAUUCUAACACAAUCUGAAUAUUUUAUAUAUAUAUAUAUAUAUAUAUAUAUAUAUAUAUAUAUAUAUCCCUUAUCAUAGUACAGAAUGUUAUUACAUCAUUCAUAUAUGAAAAAUCUUAUCUUUGCCUAGACCUUUCAUCAAAUGCUUAGUGUGCCUACAGGUACAGAAAUGAUUGUAUAUUAUUAAUUAGAUAAUAUGGAGUUGAGUGCAAAGAGCCCCCAUUUAGCUGCUAACUUGCUUUGUGACUUUGGGCAAGUCACUUCCCGUCCUUGGACCAUGUCUUAUCUUGUUUGUUGUAUUUCCAGCAUUGAGCAUGUAGGCACAUAAUAAAUGUUUGUUGAAUGAAUAAAUAAA